AUGACCUGGAAUCCGGGGCGAGUCCAAGCUGGGGCUGUAGGAGCCGGCCCGGCUUUGCCGGGAGGCGGCGGGGUCGCAGCUCAGCGUGGAGCUACCUCGGCGCCUCGGAGCUGGGAAGCGGCGAAUGGACUCUCGGAGGGGUGUGCACAGACAGUGGCCGCGGAAGCUCCCGGGUGGCAGCGGCGACGGUUCUCUUGGGCUGGACGCGAGAACGCGGAUGAGACCUUCAGUUUGUGCCCACACUCAUUUGCAGCAACCCUAACAGAGAUUGCGAAAGUUUUCAAAGUGGGGCACCUCGAUUUCUCGAAUCUGUGGUGUGGCGAAUAUCCGUGUACCUCCUGCUUAACUAGCCUGUUUGGCAGGUCUGAUUCUAUUUAUUCUAAAGACAGAGUUGGAGAUGGGCUACCAUUGGUAUUGAUUGAGAUGACAAGCAGUCACCUGAACCCAUACAGCUGUGGGAGAAAGUGCUUGCUACCAAGCCUGAUGACCUAAAUUGAAUCCUGGAACCUACAGGACAAAAAGAGAGAGCUGACUGCUGAAAGAUGUCCUCAGAUCUUCACAUAUGCACAGUGGCACCUAUCCGACCAUGCACAUAGUAUAUUAAAAAUUAUUUUUAAAAAA